CAGCUGCAUUUUCCUCUAUAUCACGAUAUUCGUUUUGGGGAUUAUUGGAUUAGCCAAAGCUCUGUCUGCAGCACUGAUAGAAGUGAAGUGGAGCCAUGGCCAUCCUUGCUUCUUCUUCUUCUUAUUGUUAUGGCUCCAAAGCUUUCCUUCUCUCUCAACGCUCCUUCUUCUUCUCCACCAUUCCCUCCAAACCCUCUUUCUCCUUCUUCCUCAAAACCACUUCCCGCUUCUUCGCUUCUUCUUCUCCAACUUCUCUCCAAUCUUCAUCUCUCCACUCUCAAACCCCUUCUUCGCCCAACGUCCUCCAAAUUCUCGAACAACGCGGCCUUCUCGAUUCCAUCACCAGCGACACUCUACGCUCCGCUUGUCUCUCCCCUCUCAAGGUCUAUUGCGGCUUCGACCCCACCGCCCAAAGCUUACAUUUAGGUAAUCUUCUUGGUCUAAUCGUUCUCUCUUGGUUCCGCCGAUGUGGCCACACCGCCGUCGCUCUCAUCGGCGGUGCGACUGCCCGAGUCGGCGACCCCUCGGGCAAGAGCCUCGAGCGGCCCGAACUCGAUCUCCACACCUUGGAGGCUAAUACUCUCGGUAUUACUAAUAUUAUCACUAGAAUUUUGGGGAAUUCGGGAUCGGAUUCUAGUUUUUGCCCUAAUUUUGUGAUUCUUAAUAAUUAUGAUUGGUGGAAGGAGUUUAGGUUUUUGGAUUUCUUGAAAGAAGUGGGUCGGUUUGCGAGAGUGGGAUCGAUGAUGGCUAAAGAGAGUGUUAAGAGGAGAUUGGAAUCAGAGCAAGGAAUGAGCUAUACUGAGUUCACUUAUCAGCUCUUGCAGGGAUAUGAUUUUCUUCAUCUGUAUCAAAACGAGGGAGUUUCUGUUCAGAUUGGAGGUAGUGAUCAAUGGGGGAAUAUCACUGCAGGGACAGAGCUUAUUAGGAAACGUUUGCCUCAAGCUGAUGGUGUUUAUGGUUUAACAUUUCCUCUUCUUUUGAAGAGUGAUGGGACAAAAUUUGGUAAAUCCGAAGACGGCGCUAUUUGGCUUUCACCGUCGAUGUUAUCCCCAUACAAGUUCUAUCAGUAUUUCUUCAGUGUCCCUGAUGCUGAUGUGGUGAGAUUUCUCAGAAUUCUCACAUUUUUGGAUAUUGAGGAGAUUCAGGACAUGGAAAGCCAAAUGGCGAAACCUGGGUAUUUGCCGAACACGGCACAGAGGCGGCUGGCCGAAGAAGUUACUCGAUUUGUUCAUGGAGAAGAUGGUUUGAGUGAGGCCCUUAAGGCCACUGAAGCAUUGAAACCAGGAGCAGAGACAAAGUUGGAUUGGAAGAUUAUUGAAGGGAUUGCUGAGGAUGUUCCAUGCUGCUCAUUGGAAUAUGAUCAAGUGUUGAAUCUUUCGGUUGUUGAUCUUUCAGUUACGUCUGGUUUGCUCGAAAGCAAGUCGGCUGCCCGUCGUUUGCUGAAGCAAGGGGGACUUUAUUUGAAUAAUAGCAGAGUGGAUUCUGAGAGUAAAAGAGUUGAAGCGGUAGACAUUGUUGAUGGAAAAGUUCUACUUUUAUCCGCAGGAAAGAAGAACAAGGUGGUUGUAAGGAUAUCAUAACGGAGCUGGUUCAGAAACAGUGCUCAUUUAUUCACUAACCAACAAGUCCUUCAUUAUUACUAUUAUUUUUUGGUUGAAAUUUUUUGAUAAACUAUUUCAAGUUCAAAGUUAAGGCCCAAUCUUCAAAUUGAUAUUUAUGACAUAUUUGAGAGUGGUUUUUGAAAUGGUUAAGAUCACUUUUAUCAACUUUUAAUUAUUCAAAAUCAAUUUUAAUGGUGGUAAGAUGGUAGUAAGAAAAUAAUGUUUAAAAAUGUGAAAUAAAAUAUUAAAUUGAUUUUGAAUGAUAAAACACAUGUUUUGAAGGGAUUUCAAACCUGACAAAAGUGAUUUUAACUGGUUCAAAAUCCCUCAACUAAUUUGCAGCUGAGGAGGUAAUUCUUUCAGAUAGAUGCUGAUAUGCCAUUUAAGGAGGGCAGUGGAUGCGGGUUACUUUGAUGGGCUGAUUCAUUACUUCAUCUUGCAAGUUAUAACUUAUAGGAAAAUUCAGCAGUGUACAAUAUGAUGGGGGAUAUAGUUUUAAAAUCUUGUGAUGUUAAGAGGUCUUAUUCUUCAUUUUGGAGGGAAUUGUUUUGGGAGAACUAAAGAUCAGUUUUGAAUAAUGAAGCUUUGAAGCUUUGAAGACUCAAAGAUUGAAGCACUAGAGACUUGAAGGACAUGACUCUCUUGAAGCUUUGAGGAUCAAAAGAAUAAAGCUCCGAAACUUUAAAGAGCGUUAGACUUGAAGACUGAAGACCUUGAAGACAAAAACUUCUCUUAGGUCCUUGAAUUCUAAGUUAAAGUUCAAAGAAAACGUAGAAGAAGAACUUUCUUCAACGUUGGAGAAAAAAUAUUAAAAGAUCAAAUAUUAGAGAUUGUACUCACUAUAUUGAAAUCAAUACAAAUAUGAAGUUCAUU